CGCUGCGAAGAAGAUACCCGAACUGAGUGGACUGGAGCGCCUUUGGCAGGCCUCCCUCUCGGUCGUUCAUUGUGGUAUUUGCCAAAUAAGUCAACAUGGGUCGCCGUCCUGCUAAGUGUUACCGUUUCCAGAACAAGAAGCCGUUCAUUAAGUCGCGCUUCUGCCGUGGUGUGCCCGACCCGAAGAUCCGCAUCUACGAUGUCGGUAACAAGAAGGCUUCGGUCGACGCCUUCCCGUUCGUUGCUCACCUGGUGUCCGACGAGAAGGAGCAGCUGUCCUCAGAGGCUCUUGAGGCUGCCCGUGUUGCUGCUAACCGUUACCUGACCAAGUACUGCGGUAAGGACAACUUCCACAUGCGCAUCCGUUGCCACCCGUUCCAGGUCCUGCGUAUCAACAAGAUGCUUUCGUGCGCCGGUGCCGAUAGACUGCAGACCGGUAUGCGUCACGCUUACGGUAAGCCCUCGGGUGUUGCUGCCCGUGUGGCCAUCGGCCAGCCCAUUAUCUCGGUGCGUUCGAAGGACUCGUUCGGCCCCUCGGUCGUGGAGGCUCUGCGUCGUGCCAAGUUCAAAUUCCCUGGUCGCCAGAAAGUGCUGGGCUCCAAGAAGUGGGGUUUCACCAAGUACGAGCGUGAGGUGUACGCCGAGAUGCGCAACAACGGCUCGCUCCGCCCGGACGGCAACCACGAGAAGUACUACCCCAACCGCGGCCCUCUUAAGCUGUAAGCAGGUCGACUUGUAUGGAUGGUACUCUAGUGGUUUUAGGCUGCUAAUGCUAUAAAUUACGACUUUGUUUUGGCGCAAAAAUGAGCAAAAACGAAAUAUUUGUCAGUUUUAGACACAAACUUCGC